AAUGCAAAUGAGAACUAGCGUGAAGGUUCGACUGCAUCGAGGAAAUGGCGGAUGGAGGGCAUUCGAUGCGCGCUUUACGAUGGAAAUUCGAAUUACGCUGCUAAAUCGACAGCACAACGGAUUCUUGGAUGGAAGGGGUGUCGUUUUUGAUAAACAACCUUUCGAUCACGUGGUAAAACAAAGUUGCUCGAGAAACAGCGAGACCUAGCCGGUUCGCGUGCUUUGUUUGGGUUCUAAACGAGGCAAAGAUUGGGACGAAAUUGUGCGAGCUUUGUUGAGCUGCAAUCUCUAAUUACCUGCGCAAAACAGCAAAAAUAUGAAGUCGGAUAGUUCAGAGAGAUCUGAGAGCUGUGGGGAAGAGGAAAGCAGUGAUGAGGAGGUACAGGCUCAAGAAGAACAAAUCAUAUCAUCAACCGAAGAAGACCAACCACCAUAUUAUGAAAAUGUUAUGGAGAAUAUUUAUUUAAUAAAUAGAAAAAAGAGGAUAAACAAAGAAGUGAGAAAGAUGACUUGUGAAUGUUAUCCAGAGCCAGACAAUCCAGAUUUUGUUGGGUGUGGUGAAGAUUGCUUAAAUAGAUUAUUGAUGAUAGAAUGUAACCAUAGAUGUCCAUGUGGGGAUCUGUGUACUAAUAGAAGGUUUCAGGAGGGCUGUAAAAUUAAAGUUGAAGUUUUCAAGACAGAGAAGAAAGGCUGGGGUGUUAAAACCCUUGAAGAUUUAGAACAGAACCAGUUUGUUAUUGAGUACUGUGGUGAGGUGAUGAACUAUCGGGAUUUCCAGAGUAGAGCUCAGCGUUAUGACAGACAGAAGCGACGGCACUACUAUUUUAUGACAUUAAGAGCUGAUGAGAUAAUUGAUGCUACGUUGAAAGGAAGUAUAUCACGCUUCAUAAAUCAUAGUUGUGAACCAAACUGUGUAACUCAAAAGUGGACUGUCAAUGGUUUAUUGAGGAUCGGAUUCUUUACAUUACGAACAAUAAAAGCUGGAGAAGAACUUACUUUUGACUACCAACUGCAAAGAUAUGGAAAAAUUGCGCAGACCUGUUACUGUGAGUCUCCAAGCUGUCGGGGAAUUAUUGGUGGUGAAAAACACACCCCUUUGAAAACUACUGUGGAAAAAAUUGCAACUCCAUCUGCAAAUUCACCAAGAAGAAAGAAGAAGAGAAAUAUUGCAUCUGACUUUGAGGAUGUGACGCUUGAAGAUGAAUUGGAAAGACUAAUUGGUGACCAUCGUGGUAUGACUGUCAGUGACCAAGCACUGAAACUAUCCCGAUUGAUGGUUAGGGCAGAGGAUAUGCCACAAAGAAUCAUGCUUCUUAGAGUGCUUCAGAACACCACAGACCAGUCAUGUCUCAAGGCCUUCCUCAGAUACCAAGGAUUAUCUUUGCUAUGGAGUUGGAUGGUUGAUGCCGGGGCCAAGCCAAGUAGCAAACUGCAGCUAGAGCUACUUGCGACCCUCAAGUAUUUGCCUGUGAGCAGUAAAAACCAACUUGAAGACAGUAAAGUUAUGCGAGUUGUAAACAAAUGGGCAAUAGCGGUAGAGGAAGUACCAUCCUCGUGCAGUAGCAGUCAAGAGGAGAGCAACAUUGAUGAUGUAGACAGGACAUUGACUCAAGAGGAUGUUGAUGAAAACCAAGCUAAAGAUAAACAAAACCUUAAUCGCCAACUCUCAGAUAAUAGCAGCAAGGAUGAGGAAGAAGCUGAGGGAGGGAGCCCAGAAAGCAAAUGUGAGGAAACAAAGAGUAAAGAUGGUGGCAAAUCACCAGACGAGCUGUCAGAAGAUGAUAGCAAAUCUGCAGAGGAAGAUCCAAUUGCAUCUACUGAUGAGAGUAUUAACUCUAUGGCGAACGAGCUGUUGAAGCAGUGGAGCACAUUAAAGGAAAUCUACAGGAUACCCAAGAAAACACCUGUCAAGAAGAAAGCUGAAGUUGUUGUUGCUACAAGCAGUACAGGGACAUCAGGUCUCACUUCAUCUAUUGAAAGAGAACUAAGGAUGAAGAUGGGGAGAUGUAGUCUGAACAGGUGGCCAGAACCACAGAUAGAGAGAGGAAAGCAGAGAAAAACCCACAGGAUGAUAAAACAUACAAAAUCAAGGUCAAAUCAUAUGUGUAUACGUCAGGCAGAUAGUUCUUUUCCAAGCCUGCCAGAUUCCUCAGUAAAAGUUGAAGCGGAGCCAGUGAUGACAUAUAAGGAAGAGACAUCUAAUACCCUGGCAGCUUUGAUGUCUAUCGACGUCCCACUUGUGUCCAAGGCAGAACCGUCGACUGGCUACGCAACGCCAGAACCGGUCAGCAAGGAAGAUCUAACAAGUGACGUUAUAGAGGGUAAAACAUCAGUUUCCAGCAGUGCCCAGGUGCCAUCAGGUGCAGAUGGUGACAUGAAUCAUAUACCAACUGUGGCGGCUGAUUGGGGAGAGAACCAAGUGUUUGGCUACAAUCAGCAAAUGGGGAAGGAAGAAGAGCUUGCUGUCGCCGAGAGUGAAGCCCAACGGAAUUCAAGAUCAAGAAAACAGGGCAAGAAGUCCAAGUGGUCCAAGCAGGGAUUCCAACCAUUUGCUUCUCAUGGUCCUCAAGUCAGUCAAGGGCCUGUAAGGCCAAGUUAUAAUGUCCCCUCUGGCCGACCGUGGCAAGAUCCAUCACUUCACUGGACAGGAUCGAUCUUGGACCAGCCUCAGGGAAUACCAUACUAUGGGCCUCAAGCAUCUGGCGGGGUGAUAUUCCAACAAGGACCCUAUCCUUCUCAUAUGCCAGCAAACGCACCGCCUCCAAACAUCCCAAUACAAGCAAACUUUCCCCGGAAUAUCCCUCCACCCAAUUACAUCCCUCCUACGCAACAAAUGUCAUUUCAGCAUUCGCCGUAUAACAGGCCUCCGCCCAAUGUCAUUCCUACUGGGAACAUGGUGAUUGAAGCAAGAUUCCAUGCUCAACAACAUGGUAUGCCACCACAGCCGAAUACCACCCACAUGCAGGCGCCUGGUCAAGUACCAUUUCCAGGAUAUGGAGCUCCUCAGGGUCAACAACAAAACCCCUACCCAUACAAAAUGGUGAUACAGUCACCAUCUGCCAUUCAACAGGACACGAUGCAGCCUAGGGACGCCAAGCACCCUGAGCCAGCGGCUACCCCGGAGAGCAUGGGGCCAGAGAGCAUCAUCAUCAACACAGAGCACCAUCACACACCUGCCAAGGUCAAGCCAAGGGCGCUCCCCCCGAACUGGAAAACUGCCACUGACCCACAAGGGAAGAUCUACUACUACCACACGUUGACAAGACGGACGCAGUGGGACCCGCCCACCCCUGAGAUUGUUGUUAGCCCUAGAAAGUUUACCACUGACAUGGAGAUGGACUCUGGAGACGAGGAGCCCCCUCUGAAAAAGAAGAAACCCAAGACGCCCUCCACACCCCCAGGGUCCCCUCCACGUAGCCCAACACUCGCGUACACCACCGCCCCUGCGGACACCACCGAAAACCAAUGCAACAUACUCUCCCCGCCUGGUCAGCACACGCACGGCGAGCCCAUGAGCGCUAAGCAGAAGAUAAAAGACGCAUUUAGAGUCAAAUUGUCGAAUGUGGUGGUGAAUUGUCUGAACCCCUACCACAAGGUAGACUGUAAACAAGGCCGCAUCACCAACGUCGAAGAUUUCAAGUAUUUGGCGCGAAAGCUGACACACGGCGUCAUGAUGAAGGAACUGCAACACGUCAAGUCUGCGGAAAGCCUUCAGUGCAACGACUCGGUCAAAGUCAAGACGAAAGAUUAUAUACGAAGCUAUAUGAAGAAAUUCGGCCCAGUCUACCAGCGGACAUGACCAUAGGGCACUUAGGAUUGUACAAAGUCUUAAUAUCUAGGUUUUAGAUUUUCAUGGACUCGAAGCGCGAUGCCCGAAUGGUCAGAAAUUCUAGCAGCUAUCUUAGGUUUUCGAUUUUACAUGUUGCAAUAAGGAGGUGCUUUAUGAAGAUUGAGAAAUUUUUAGAUCAUCAUUACAUAUUCACAUAAAAAGAUUACCUCCACAUCCCAAUUUUAAGAUUUUGAAACACUUCAAGUUAUUAUUAAGCGCUUAUGAAUUGCUGCUGUAUUGCACACUACAACUACGGGAUAUAUUCGUGAUUUAAGAGCGCCAUACCCUUUCACCGACACAGGCUUAUUAGCGGAAAAGUAUUAUUUAGAUUCAAGUACACCUGGUUACACUUUGAAUUUCCUACCGACUCGCAAAAUCAUUGGAGGAAUACGAUUGACGCCUUAUCGCAAUACUGUAUUUGUUCCUGCCUGUUAGGAAAAUCAGUGACGUACGUAAAGCUUUCAUUCAUUAUAAAGUGAACCUUAUGGGCCACUUUUACUUUUUACCUUUCUCGUGCCUUGUAUAUUGUACACAUUUUUAAAAAUCACAUUUUCAAUUUUCUUAAUAAAAAAAAACACUCGCCUUCCUUAUUUGUAAAGACAUGUACAUAGAUCUGAUCCUUUGUUUUAUGUAUUUCAAGUAAUCAGUUAUUUUGCCCCAACUUUUGUUUUGUAAGUGAUAGUAUUAUCUUAUGUGUACUUUUGAGAAAAUAAAUUCUUGAGUCUA